AUGCAGUUGCGACGUGUAUUGUAUUUUCUGGCUCUAAUUAUGAGUGUUGCCUCUGUUUGCGUGGCGGCUGCUGAGGCUGGAAAGCCCGGGAGUUCUUCUUCUGCAUCUUCUAACUCUUCUGGUGAUUGUACUCCUCCUCCUGAAGAUGAUGCUAAUAUUAUUCGUGAUACUCUACGUGAUACUAAUACUUAUUGUGCUAAUCAGCGUCCUUCUAAUGCUUCUCCUGCUGGUAGUGGUAAUGAUGGCUCUGUUAAUCCUCCUAUUGCCCCUCCUUCACCUCCUCCUGUUGCUUCUCCUCCUUCACCUAUUGCUGCUGCUGCUGAUGCAGGGACUACCGAUUCGUCUCCAUCUGGAGGUCACACUGGAGCUAACGUCAACAAUCCAGCAGGUGAAGGUGCAGUCAACGCGGAGAGUACAGCAACAGCACAACCCACUUCUCCUUCUCCCGAAUCUUCAGACACAGAGACUGCCAAUGGUUCUGGCACUGCAAACGAUGGGGGUGGCAGUACACCUGCAGGGAGUGAACCAUCCAAUAACCCAAGUGAUGAGGAAUCAACAACUACUACUAGUCUGCCAAGACCCGAGAAUACUACCACAGAAGCACCAACCACCACUCCAUCUCCUUUACCCAACGCAGAAAUCAGCAACAUCGCUUCCACAGUACAGAAGAACAAGGGUAAUGCUGACAGCAGUGUCAGUCCUGUGUGGAUGCGUACUGCAGCACCUCUACUGAUUGUGGUUGUGUUGUUCUCCGCUACUGUGUACUGA